AUGUCUCAGAAGGCUCUCUUUAUUCCCUCUAAGCAAGCACAGUUCCAGGUUGGGCCCGCCGAUAUCCCCAAGCCAGGUGAUGGCGAGAUCCUCGUGAAAGUACAUGCCAUCGGGAUCAAUCCGCUCGAGUGGAAGCAGCAGGCGUUCGGUGUUAUAAUCGAGCACUACCCUGCCAUUGUCGGCCAAGAUGUCGCAGGCAUCGUUGAAGAAGUUGGCGCCGGCGUGACCAACUUCGUCAAGGGCGAAAGAGUUGCUGCCCGGGCAGGAUUUAACAGCAACGCACAUGGCGCCUACCAGGAGUACAUGCUUGCGCCUGCUGACCUCACGGCAAAGAUCCCGUCCAACAUCUCCUUGGAAGCGGCCUCCUCUCUCCCUACCGGCGUGGACACCGCGACGAUCGGGCUCUUCGGGCCCUUGGACGGAAACCUCACAUCACCUACAGAGAAACUCAAUGCAUACCAAGGGCAGUCCAUUUUGAUUCUCGGUGGCUCUGGAUCUGUCGGUGUAUAUACUAUCCAGCUAGCUCGCCUCUCCGGUUUCUCCACAAUCAUCGCCACGGCUUCGCUCCGCCACGAAACCUACCUCAAGUCCCUCGGAGCAACGCACGUCAUCAAUCGUACCCUCCCCGAAGCUGAGGUCAUUCAGGCCGUGACCAGCAUCUCCAACGACAUCAAGAUCGUGUAUGACACCAUCAGCGAGCCUGACACCCAGAAAAUCGGAUGGGCGGUGCUCGCUUCCGGCGGCCACUUGGUCACAACUGUUGGGGCCACCGUCAAGCCCGAGGCUGGGGACACACGCACUGUCAAAUGGGUAUUCGCCGCACCAACUAUUCCGCCGAACAGGCCGGUCUGCACCGCUGUGUGGGACCAGGUUACGAAGUGGCUCGAGGAUGGUUCUCUUGUGCCAAACAAAGUGGAGGUCGUUCCUGGAGGUUUGGGCGGAAUUGUGACAGGCCUGGACCGCUUGAGGGCUAACCAGGUCAGCGGUGUCAAGCUAGUUGUCACGCUCUAG